CCAUCACUACUUUCUUGUCAGAUAAGAGGUGAGGUGAGCUAAUCACAGACUGAAGACACAGUAUGGAGUCAGUGGGAGUGAAUCUGAUUGAAACAGCUGCUCUUGGGAGACCGUUCCAGCUCGGCAUGCUGUAUGACUGCAGAAAAGAUGAGUUAAUAGCAGGAAUCAGAUUUUGGAAUAAAGAACAGCUGCAGCAGAAUAUUUGUGCUCGUCCCCAGAUUAAUACAAAUUUCACUGUCACAGCUUCAGACUCCAUUAAAGACAAAUCUAAGUUACUAAAUAUUGAAGGAGCACUGAACCUGAGUGUUUUAGGUGGACUCGUCCAGGUUCGUGGAGCAGCAAAGUAUCUCAAAGACACCAAGACGUCUUUCAUCCAGCAGAGACUGACGCUACAUUAUCAUUCAUCCUGCGAGUUUAAAGAACUGACCGUGAAUCAGCUGCCUCCUGAAAACAUUCCUGAUGAUGAUAAUGCCACACAUGUAGUAACAGGAAUCCUGUAUGGAGCAGAUGCCUGCUUUGUGUUUGACAGACAAGUUUCUUCAGAUGAGGAGAAAAGAACAGUAAAAGGAGAAGUUAAAAUGGCUGUGGAGAAACUGAUGGAUAUCAUUUCUGCAAAUGCAAAUGCAAAUGCUGACCUGGACAUGAAUGACAUCGAGAAUACUGAAUUCAAAAACUUCACUUGUACGUUUUAUGGUGACUUCCAGCUGCCGUCUAACCCAGCCACUUUUGAAGAUGCGAUGAAGGUUUUUGCUGAUCUUCCAAAACUGCUGAAAGAUAACCAAAAGCUGGCGGUUCCUCUGAGAGUUUGGCUUUAUCCUCUUCACAAACUUCACUCAAGAGCUUCAAAACUUCAGAAAGACAUCAGCAUGGAUCUAAUCCAAGAAACUGAAUCAGUGAUUGAGAGUUUAUAUACUGCUGAGAUGAAAUGCAGUGAUCUUCUGGAAGACUCUCCUGCUGCGGCUUUUGCUGCAUUUCAUGAUAAAAUACAGCAAAUGAAGCAGAACUGCUACAAGUACAAGUUGAGACUCAUGAAGAAGCUCUGCUCUGUGCUGCCAAACAUCCGUGGAGACGUGAUGAAGGAAACAACUCUGAAUGAUCUUCUUCAAGAACACAAAGAAUCUCCAUUCAAUGAUAGAGACCUCACAGAAUGGCUGAAGGAGAGAGAAAGAGAGUCUGAGAUCAUUAAAUCAGUCCUCAGACAGCUGGAGGAUUACGGUGCACAGGUGGAAGACAACAUAGAUGCCAUCAUGAUGGAUCUGGAGGUCGGGAAUCUGGUCAGUUACACGUUCACAUCUCUGGACUGCUCAGACAUCAUCCUUCAGAAACAAAAGAUCUAUCUGAAUUCUUCAACAAAAGAAGAAAAGGUAGAGAUAAGCCCUGAUAUCAACCAAAAGUCUUGGCUCACUGCCAAGAUCCAGAAGACCAUGAGGAGAAACUUAGAGAUAUUUAAGAGCUUGAUUGAUUCAAAGGACUGUAAACCAGCAAAGUUUAUUGUGUCCUCUAAAGAAAUGGUGAAUAAUCCUGGUUCCUGUAUUCUGCUGUAUGAAAGUGAACGUGAAGAAGCUGUGUGCUUUACUCCUCCAUCCAAACCAGUCUGUCCGGUCACUGAAGAGGUCAAAGGUCAGAGUGUGUUCCUGAAGGUGGUUCCUCCAUCAUGUCCUGCUACAGUGGAGCUCAGAUUACUGUAUAAAGUGAAGCAGGACUCAGUCUGGAGAUCUGAAGCUGUGCUGAAGGAUCAACACACAGUUACUCUGACUGAUCUGAGAUCAAGAGCUGAGUAUGAGAUCAAGUGUGCAGCGCUGGGGAAGCUCAACUACACCAGAGAGAGUGACGUUAUGCAUGUAAGGAUCAUUGAGAAGAAGCUCAUCACAGCAUUAGACUGUGUCAUUGAUAAUCUGAGCUUCACUGAAAACAAAUGCAGUGAACUGUUGACAGACCCCAGGACAAACACAUUUAGCACAUUUCACAAGAAGAUUGAAGAUAUGAAGCGAUUCUGCCAAGAAUACAGACAAGAUUUCAGUGUUAAAAUGCAGUCGCUGAUCCGGUCAGUUCAAGCCUGUGAAGAAGAGACUUGUGCUUUGACUGAUCUUCUACAAGCUCAUGAGGAGUCUCCAUUUAACACACAGGAUCUCCAGGAGUGGAUCAGAGAGAAAGAGAAAGAGUUAAACACAGUUCAUGAGUUUCUUCAACAUUUACUGGACUCUGGAGCUGAAGUGAAAUUGAGUUUAGACACAGUUUUGUCAGAUAUUAAGGUGGAGAAUGUGGUUUGCUACACGUUUAGUUCCCUUGAGCAGACAGACAAGCUGCUUUCUGAACAAGAACAUUAUCUGAAAGCUCAAACAGUGGAGAUUAAUCCAGGAACAUCUCCUCAAGUUUUGACGUGGCUCACUGGAAACAUUAGAGAGAAAAUGAGAGAACAUUUAUUCGUUUUUAAGGAGCUGAUGACAUCACAUGACGGUCAGUCCACUACAUUUAUUGUUUCCUCACAAGACCACCAAAAUCAUCCUGGUUCCUGUAUUCUGCUGUAUGAACAUGGAUGUGAAGAAGCUGUGUGCUUUACUCCUCCAUCACAGCCGGUCUGUCCGGUCACUGAAGAGGUCACAGGUCAGAGUGUGGUUCUGAAGGUGGUUCCUCCAUCAUGUCCUGCUACAGUGGAGCUCAGAUUACUGUAUAAAGUGAAGGAGGACUCAGUCUGGAGAUCUGAAGCUGUGCUGAAGGAUCAACACACAGUUACUCUGACUGAUCUGAGAUCAAGAGCUGAGUAUGAGAUCAAGUGUGCAGCGCUGGGGAAGCUCAACUACACCAGAGAGAGUGACGUGAUCACAGUCAACACACAGAGCGAUAUGAGCGAUAUGAGGAGCAGUGCAGGUUUGAAGAUUUCUCAGUUCUUUGCUUAUACUUCAAGGAUCACUGGCUGGAAAUAGGACACGCGUGGUCGGACAGUGCUACAACCAUGCCAACUCCGAUACAAACAAUCUUGUUGAAAGUUUUUGUUUGGCAAUAGGAACUGUAGACUGGAUGACCUUAUCAGCAUUCUCAUCAAGAAGACAGAUGGAUACUUCCAGGUCAUUCAUGAUUUACAGGCAGUUGGAAGAAUGAAAAAUGCUUCUUUGAAGACUGUUUCUGUAGCUGCCCAAUAGGAGUCAGAGGACAUCGCUGUAAACACCUUGUACUUGCACUUACUGAUCGAGUGAACAUGAUUCUCAGAAGUUUCCUGAUUUGAAUUAUCAAAUAAACGCACAUGCUAGUGUAAUUAAGCAAAAUAAGCUUUACUCCAUUCUGUGCUUUGACAGAAAAGAGGUAGAUGUAAGUGAAAGAGACUUGUUUUUUUGGUUUUGUU